AAAAAAAAAAAAAAAAAAAUGCCCGAGACGCGACCCGACGUGCCGAUCGAAAUCCGCGAGUUCGAGCCGUUUCUGCAGAAAUGCCUCGACUGCGACCACCUCGUGCUCGUCGACUACACGGCCACGGCGAUGCUACCCCCCGGGGAAAACUUUUGCAGCUCGAUCGUCAAGGUGGACGCGCGGGUGCGCAAAAAUACGAGCCCUCGGGAGGAGGACGUGGCCCUGCACUUUGUGGCCAAAACCCCGGACAAGUCGAACCGGGCAGUGGUCGAUUGGGUCUUUACCUUCCGACCCGAGGUCUUUGCCUACGCGGAGGUGGUGCCGGCUUACCGGGAGGUCGAGGAAAAACUGGGCAUCGAGGAACCCCUGGAUUUUCACCCCAAGUUCUUUGGCUCGCGGAAUUCACUGGAGGAGGACAACCAGGACUCGGUGGACCAGGACUCGAUGCUGCUCCUCGAGAAUCUGGGCGCCCGGGGGUACUACAUGGUGGACAAGUACGUUGGUCUGGACGUGGAGCACGCGCGCAAAGUGACGGUGUGCUUGGCGAGGUUCCACGCGCUGGGGAUGGCUGUGAUAAGACUGCGACCGGACAUACCCGAGAAGAUGAUUGCACUGGCUGCUUCGCAUCCGUUCGACUUUGGGCCGCUCGACGACACGUUUGACUCGGUAUUGAAGGUGAUUCGGGACAACGGUAGCCUCCGCAAGCACAUCGGGCUGAUGGAGCCGGCGUUCGCGGAAGCUAAAAACGGCAAUCUCUGGAUCAGGACCGACUGCGGAAAAUUCGCCACGAUCAUACACGGCGACAUUUGGAUCAACAAUCUGAUGUUCCACAAGGACGAACAAGGUCGCGUGGACGACGUGAAGCUCCUCGACUUCCAGUCGUUCCAGUGCAACAGCGCGUUGAGGGACGUGUCCCGUUUCCUGACCUCGAGCCUCCACCCAACCACGAGAUCGCGCCACUCGAAAGACCUGAUCGACCUGUACUACGAAACCUUUAUCGAAUGGACCGACAAAGUCGGAUGCGACUCCAAGCGUUUCACCAAGGAGGACUACGUCGCGGAGCUCAAACGCCAAUCGGUCAUUCAGUUUCCGUUGUGCGCCAUGGGGUUGAAGAUCAUUUUGGCCAAUGAGGGCAAGACCGAAGAAAUAAUCCAACCGCUGCAACAGCUUAUCGAUACUUACGAGGACAACGGGUGGUUUUAGCUAUUGCGCACAGUAUAUAAAUACGUUUACCGAUUACGUUGAUUCAU